CAGCCUCAAAAAACCAACAAAAUCUCCAUAAGAGUUUUUAUAAACAAAGGUUUUCCAGUAAGGAAUAACAGAGGUUGAAAAAUGUCUUGGUUUCUCUUCACAUUGUUGCUCAGUUUCUUCAAUGGUUUCUCAGAGGGUAGCCAUGAAUCUGCAGUUGUCGUUGGAACUGUGUACUGUGACACUUGUUUCCAGCAGCCUUUCCCAAGUGCCGCCCAUUUCAUUUCAGGUGCAACUGUUGCGGUGGAAUGUAGAGAUGGGAAGAGGUCAAGGCCGAGCUUUCGGCAACAAGUGAAAACCAAUAAGCAUGGCGAGUUCAAAGUUCGUUUGCCGUUUUCGGUGAGCAAACAUGUGAAGAAAAUCGAAGGGUGUGCGGUGAAACUGAUUAAAAGCAGUGAACCGUAUUGUGCGGUGGCUUCAUCUGCAACUUCGUCUUCUCUCCAUCUCAAGUCGAGGAAGCAAGGAACCCAUGUUUUCUCAGCUGGGUUUUUCUCCUUCAAGCCAUUGAAACAACCCUUCUUGUGUAACCAGAAACCCAGUGUUGACAGCCUAAAACAACUCAAAAACAAACCACAAUCAUCGGUUCAUCCGGACCAGCUUCUGCCGCCGCCCGUUCUUCCUCCAAACCCUUUUCUACCGCCGCCCGUUCUUCCACCGAACCCUUUUCUACCGCCGCCUGUUCUUCCACCGAACCCCAUUCUACCGCCUCCUGUUCUUCCUCCGAACCCCAUUCUGCCGCCACCCGUUCUUCCUCCGAACCCCAUUCUGCCGCCACCCGUUCUUCCUCCGAACCCCGUUCUGCCGCCACCCGUUCUUCCUCCGAACCCCUUUCUGCCGCCGCCCGUUCUGCCUCCGAACCCCUUUCUGCCGCCGCCCGUUCUGCCUCCAAACCCACUUCAGCCGCCGCCAGCUCCGGAGAUUCCAAACCCACUUGAGCCUCCUCCUGCACCGCUAACACCAUCUUUGCCGCCAAUUCCAGUACUACCUCCACUCCCUUUCCCUCCUAUACCUCCCUUCCCUGGUGUCCCCCCAGCAAAAUCUUCUCCUUGAUCCGAUACUAGUAUUUCGCCAUGUAUAAUUCUCCAACAGUAUUUCUCAUUUCUAAGAAUUACUUAUAUAGUUAUGUAAUUUGCCCUUGGACGCCAAUUCCCAAUAAUAAUCCCCUUCACAUAAUUAUUGUACUAUAAUAAAUUCAAUCCUGGAAUAUUCAGAACCAGGAUUUCAGUCAUAAUUUUGGGCAUGUUAUUAAGCUUA